UGAUUGAAUCUAGCAAAUGUUACGCCUCUUUGUGGUCAGUCACGAUGUGAACACUGGGAGCCGAGGCCACAUGACAGCAGCAUCCGUUCUGAGAAGGAGAGGCUCAGUGGGGGAAAUAACUUAACUACUAAAAUAAACAUGUUUGUGGCUCGUAGCAUUGCAGCAGAUCACAAAGAUCUAAUCCACGAUGUUUCCUACGAUUUUCACGGCCGGAGAAUGGCAACGUGUUCAAGUGACCAAAGUGUCAAGGUUUGGGACAAGAGUGAAAGUGGGGAGUGGCACUGCACUGCCAGCUGGAAGACACACAGCGGGUCAGUAUGGAGGGUGACAUGGGCCCACCCUGAGUUUGGACAGGUGCUGGCCUCCUGCUCCUUUGACCGAACAGCCGCUGUGUGGGAGGAGAUAGUUGGGGAGUCUAAUGACAAACAGAGGGGGCAGAGCCACUGGAUAAAGAGGACGACUCUGGUGGACAGCAGGACGUCGGUGACGGACGUGAAGUUCGCUCCUAAACACAUGGGUCUGAUGCUGACCACGUGCUCAGCAGACGGGGUGGUGAGGGUCUACGAGGCUCCAGACGUGAUGAACCUCAGCCAGUGGUCCCUGCAACACGAGAUCUCCUGUAAACUCAGCUGCUCCUGUAUCUCCUGGAACCCCUCCAGGUCAGCUUCACCGAGUCCAUAG